GCAAUUUAAAAAAGAAACAGAAAUUUUAGAACUGAAAUCCGAAAAAGCAUGCGAAACUGUUUGACGGAAACAACGGAAUUCCAGCAAUUAGAAAGCAGGCGAGGUAGAAGGGGACAAUUUAAAAUCCUAGUUAUUUCUCAAAUGACCCAUUUCCCCCGCCUUUUAUGCCACAGGCAUUAGUGAAGUUAAUCACCAGCAGCACCACUAUCUAUGCAGUUAACGCGGGAUCACACUUCGCACCACUGUUCUGUUUGGCGGGAAGUUGAAAAUAAACUUUGACGGUUCCUGCGUAAAUAUGCAACGAUUUCCUUGGCAGAAAGUGCCCAGGAAAGAAUAUAAAUAAAGAAUAUAGAACUCUAUGUACUAUAUUCCAUAUAGCGAAACAGUUCAGGCAAAAAUCCUUACUUUUUGAGGCAAAGCCGAUCAUCGCUAGCUCGCAUCUGCAGCGAAGGAGAGAAAGACGUCACAAAACCGAUGUCAAUUCGCUUGCCAUUUGCGCUUGUGUGAACUUGCAAUUCAGCGUUUAAGUUCUAGAGCAUUCAGUGCAAGAGGGCAAUGCAUACGAUAAGUAUAGCAAUAUUCUAGUUUUAUGAUCAAGUGUGUAAACUCAAAGUGAGCCAAUAAGCGGUGUGGUUAGAUAAGAUGUAAUCCAAGGUUUGAAGGGACCUGUAACCUAUCUUUUCAGACACAUAUGAUCUUGUACAUAUGUUAUAAUUAAAUGGGAAUUAGUUAAUGAUAUAUCAGACCGCAUCCUAUUGUAAACAUCUCAUUGUUAAAUAUUUUAAUAAAAGAGCUAUUUUUUAUUAAGUAGCUUUAACUAUUGGUAGUAAUCUCAUCUAUGUUCGAAAAUAUGGUUUACACACUUCAAUAUAUUUUUGCGUCAAUUGGUCCAUACCCUUUUACCGUUCUGGCAAUUUGUGUGGCUAUGUUGGUUCGUUGGUGGAGAAGACCACAUGGUCUCCCACCGGGUCCGCGGGGAAUUCCCCUGCUUGGGGUGAUACCCUUUAUGGGUGAGUUCCCUGAAAGAGUUAUAAAGAAAUGGAGUUUAGAAAAAUAUGGACCAAUCAUGUGCGCCCGGAUGGGAAUGGAGGACGGAGUCUUUUUAAAUACUGCGGAGGCUAUUAAAAUGGCAUUUUGUGAUAAGAGUGAACAUUUAAGUGGUAGACCAAGAACAACAAUCUUUAAGCAAGUAACAAAAGAUAAAGGAUUGGCAUUGAAACAGUACGGUAAAGAUUACAACAUCAUACGGAAAUUUGUUGUGCGUACUCUUUCCCAAUGGGGAGUCGGGAAAACAAUGAUUGAAGAUCAAAUAGUCGAAGAAGCUGGACUACUUGCCGAUUUUUUGAAAAAUAAAACAAACCAACCAAUUGAACUUAAGCUUUAUUUUUAUGUAAUGACUUCAAACAUCAUUGGACGAGUUGUUUGUGGGAGACGCCAUGACUUUGAAGAUGAAGAAUAUCAUGAAAUUCUUAACAAUAUACAAAAAGUCUUGGGUGAAGCGGAUGACGCAAAGUUGACACUUCUCAUUGACUUCUUUCCUGGUCUAAAACACCUACCAUGGUUCCGUGGCGCUAAUAACAGAAUGAUUGAACGAGUAAAAAAAACUUUGGAAUAUUGCAAGGGUGUCAUUGAAGAACACAAGAAAACAUUUGACAAGAACAACCUUCGAGAUUUAAUUGACGCCUUGUUAUACGAGCAACAAUUUGGAAAGAAGAGCAAACGAAAAGUUUUAUUGGAAGAUGAACUGGUGGUCAUAGUUCGAGAUCUUUUUACUGCUGGUUCUGAAACAAGCAGCUUAAUGAUAUCAUGGGUAUUAAUAAUGUUACUACAUCACCCAGAACAUGCAAAGAAAGUCAUAGAAGAAAUUGAUGAUGUUAUGGGGCCUAACGGAGCCCCAAGCACCAAACACAGAGAUAGGAUGCCCUUUACUUGCGCUGUGAUCCAAGAGACUUUUCGAUGCAAGAUUGUUGCUCCUAUUGGAAUACAACAUUAUGCACAAGCCACUGUCGAGUUGGGCGGUUAUAUCAUUCCUCAAGGAACAAUGGUUUACUCCAAUAUUUGGGGCGUUCACAAUGACCCAGUAGCUUGGCCCAACCCUUCUAAGUUUGACCCGUACAGACACAUAAGCAAAGAUGGAAAAUUCUUUACCAGUAACAACAUAAUAUCAUUUUCAACUGGACCAAGGAGUUGUCCAGGAGAACCUCUGGCAAAAAUGGAAAUAUUUUUGUUUGUCACAAAAAUAUUGCAGAAAUUUGAAGUAAAAGCUCCCCCUGAUAAAUUGCCAUCAUUGGUUGGUGUAAACUGCUUGUUGUUUAGCCCAGAAUCUUGUGAAGUUAUUUUAACUGAACGAUAGAUGAGUAGAAGUGCAAAUUAUGGGAUUCAUACAUAAACAAACUAGCAUUAAUAAUGUAAGUUUAAACAAAAAUUAACCACCAUAAUUAAAUGUACAUAACCUUAAAACUGAUUUUUGCAUUUGUGGGCUUGCUAAUUGUUUUACAGUUUUAAGAGCAUAAAAGAGUUGUCCUUUCAUUUUACUGUAAAAAAACCUGUACAGACUAUAACACAAGAGAGCACAGCUCUAAUGAGAGGGCUCAUAACUUUAAAUGUAAAAAGUUCUGCGUGGAGCCAACAUGCAUUAAUUUUGCUAGCAUUAUUACUUAAACAAGCAUAAUUUUCCUAAGUCUACUUUAAAAGGUGAUAUCAGAUAAUAAAAUUAAUUAAAUGUUGUUCAUGUAAAAAAAAGCGUUUUUUUACCGAUUUGCGUAUUGUGAUCAAGUUCAUGCAAAGCGAAAUAAAAAAAGAUUAUAAUUUAAC